UGCUAAAGAUAAGGCAACUGGUUUACAAUAUUUGAAAAUAAUUUUGUUUUGAAAUUUUGGUUAUUUUUUAAAUUUUACCUUUUUAAUUUGCGGUUUUUAUUUUGAUUUGAAUGUGAUUGUAUCUUUCAAUGUGCGUGUAAAUCACUGAGUACUGACUAUAAUAGGAUUUAAUUAAAUCUGAACUUUAAGUUUUUGUAUUCAUCGCCAAGUUCAUAAUGGAUCCGCAACCAAAUUUUGAUCAAUUCUGUCUCAAACGAAUUUUGAUGAAUGACACAGAACGCAAAAUGAUUGCUGUUGAAGGCAAUUUUAAAGGACUCCCUGAACCUGCUGUUGUUGUUAUGGAAAAAUAUGCUUUUGAUGAAGCUUCUGUUUUAAAUGUGUGCAAUGCCCAGACUAAAUUAAAAAAAAAUUUAGAUAACGAUGUUUAUAAAUCAUUCAGUUGUGUGCCGCAAUAUGAUGAAAACAUUCCUUCCAAUAAAAUGGACCUAAUAUACCCUGCAACAGACAAGCAUAUUUUAAAAUUUUCGAGUCAACCCAUUUAUUGUGUGCAAGAAACUGAAGAAAUGUAUCAAACUAUAACUUUACAUCAUAUCUUGGAUAACAGCUUGUCACUACAAUGGGUAUACAAUUGCUUAGAGUAUAAAUCAGAAAAAGAAAGAAUAACAUAUGAUACGGCUUCUGAAAAUCAAAAAGAUGAUGAAGAUAAUGGUUUUUUACUUUUACCAGACUUAAAAUGGUCCGGUAAAUUGAAUGAAUUAUAUUUGUUAGCUAUUAUCAAAAAAAGAAACAUUAAGUCAUUAAGAGACUUAACGACUGAUCAUUUACCGUUAUUAAAAAAUAUUUUAAACAAAGGAUCAGCUGCUAUUUAUAAAUUAUAUGGAGUUCAACAAUCUCAAUUACGCACUUAUGUCCAUUAUCAACCAUCAUUCUAUCAUUUUCAUGUUCACUUUACAUAUUUGAUGCAUACACCUCCAGGAAUAAAUGUCGGAAAAGCUCAUUUACUUACAACAAUAAUUAAUAAUAUUGAAAUGCAAGGCAACUACUAUCAAAAAGCCACAUUAGAUUAUUUUAUUAAGGAAAGCGAUCCUUUGUUUAAUCGUUUCGAAGAAAAAGGAAUUCUUAGUAAAGCCAAACUUAUUGAUGAAAUUAACAAUGUAUAAAACAACCACUAAAUAUCUAUAUAUUUUAAGUAAGUAACCUAUACUAAUUUUUUAGAUGUAUUUCAUUAAAUAUAUUACUAUAAUUUUUUCUGUUUUCAAAUCUGUCAAUAGUUAUCAUUUUGUGUAAUUUAUGUUUUAAUAAAUAUAAUAUAAUGUAUCCAAAUUAUUGUAUUCAUAA